AUGUCUGAUUCACCUUUAAAAGCUUGGGUACUCUCCAAGGAAUGUGAAAUUGAUAUAGAUGACAAACAAGGAAUAGUAGAACAACUUGAUACCAACAGGUAUCGUACAGUAGAGGAUACAAACGACAUGACAGAUAGUGAUUGGGAGAGAAUCACUAAAGUCGGAAAGUACAUUAAAAUUUUAAGGACCUACACUCGCAAAGCUCUUAACAACCAGCCCCAACAAAAUACACUAGGAAAAACAUGGACAUUUGGGCUUCCUAUUUCUGAUCAAGUGCACUAUCAUGUCCCUUUUUCUAGUUUGCAACUUAAUCAAAUAUUAAAUGGUGCGAUGAAUGGAGGGGGGUGCUACCUUGUUCAAGGUGCUUAUCGUAGUGGCAAGACUAGUCAUUUAAAAGCAGUAUCUACUGAAUUAGUAGUUGAGAUGAACCAUUCAACAAUUACAAAUAUUUGGUCAUGGCUAUCGGUACAAAUCAAUAUCACCAAUCCACAAUCACCAAACAUCACCAGUGCUGAAGAGUUUUCCAAACAUUUCUUUAGGCAUGCAAAUCAACAUGAUGAUCCACAAAAGAAUGUUGUAUUGCUUAUUGAUGAGUUUCAAAUGAUCCUAGAGUGUGACCCUAUUCAAACACAAGAGUUCUUGGGUCAGUUGGGAGAUAUACACAAUUAUCACCAAAAGUUUUUGAGUGUGGUUGGCUUUGGCACACCCCAACUUAUGGCACUUGCCAGUGACAAGAAAUUUUGGUUUGAAUUCAAAAGUAUCGAUAGUCCCUUUACAUAUGACAAUAUAAUCUUGAUAACACCUCUUCCAAAACAAGAGGUAUCUCUUCUUCUCCAAAGAUGGGCGAGUGACCACUCGUUAAAGAUUGACGACGACGUUUUAGAGGAUAUCUAUAACACUAUAGGUGGAUAUGCUGGUUUGUUGGGUAUAUGUGGUAUAGUAUUGGACGAUAACACUCCACUUAUAGUUUCAAAACACAAUAGACAUAUAAACUUUGGUGUUUGGUUGUCACUAAGGGUGAGCAUCAUUUCAAGGUUCAUGGAUCAAGAACAAUACCGUCGACUUGAAUCUAGGAUUGCAUCAAACCCAAAUCUUUCUCUUAUCAUUCCACAAAUUGUUGGUACACAAGAACCAUAUACAUUUUAA